UCAGGCGGUUUUUUGAUUUUGAGGUUUUUUAAAUUCAUGAUAUUUGAAUUUAUUACAUAUAUGUACACAAAUAAUUUAUGAUAUUAUCAAUAUGGUUUGCAAAGUUCAAUCUUGCCAUAAUUAUAAUAAUGACUCUAAUAAAGGAAAUGACUGUAUUUUGGAGUUGCUAGAUUUCAUAAAGCUUCAUUAUUAUCACUUUCAGGCCGAACACAGGGAAAAAAUUUCUUACAUAUCUCAACUAGAAACUGGAAAUUUAGCUUUAAAUAAAACUAUAGAUAAUUUACGUCAACAAAUUCAACAAAUACAAAAUGAUUUAACACCCUUAAAAAGAAAGAAAGUUAGUUCAAGUGAACAAGCCGAUUCAACAGCACUGUCGACUUCAAAAAUAGGUUCAAAUGAAGAUUUUGAUAAUGAUGCCAAUGAUCCAGUAGAAGAUUUAAAUGUUGCUUUAACUUCAGAUGUAAUAUUUGAUGAAAGCUGCAAUUCUUUUAGUUCGUUACCUCAGUCUACUAAUAUCAUAAGAAGUCCCAAAAAGGAAAAAAUUACACCAAGCAAAAGAAUGCCUUUGUCGCCAAAAAAUAAUAUAGGAACUACUACACCUACGAAGCAUCAUUUAAAAGAAAAACAGAAAGGGGUUCAGGUGAAAUUAACUCCAACAAAAAUUUCACAUUAUUUACCCAAACGUAUAAUUACUAAAGAAACGAUUUCCGGUAAAAGAAUCAAUAUUGAAAACGAAAAUAAGCCGGUGGAAUUAAAAAAAAUGUCAACAACAACUACAGCUGGUUGGUUAUCAACUGAAAAGAUGAAGAAAAGUGGUUCUACAAAUAUUGGAUUAGAAUUUAUACAACCUGUAAAAAUUGAAAAAAAUGAUAGUUUAGAUAAUAGUUGUGAAUCUAUAGCAAGUUCGCAAAGUCUAGCAGAACCAAAGCAAUCUAUUAGAAAAGGGACCCGAAACAUUUUAAAUUUAAAAGCAAAGCCACAAAUGAAACAAGCUAAGUUGGAAUUCGACAGAAAAAAACAUAACAUGACUUCUAAUCAUAUUCGAAAUAAUUACAAAUCUGAUGAAACAGUUUGUGAAAUUGUUUGCGCUAGCCCUGGCGUUGAAACGUUAGGUUCUCUUAAAGAUAAGCUGAGUCUAACACAAAGAUCAUUGAGAAAAUUUUCUCGCAAAAAUUCUGAUGAUGAACUUUUUAAUAUAUCUAUUAAGAAAUCGACGGCGACUACUUCAAAAAAUGGAACUACAAAUGAAGAAACCAUCAAAACAAGUACACCAAGCUCCAAGCACGCGGAACGAACUGUUAUAAAAGAAGAACCUGUAACAUGCAAAAAGCCUUAUGUUAUUAAUUUGUUCCCACAUUUGAAUGCAAACAAAAAGGAUAUUAAUGAGCCUUUAAUAACUGAAGAUUCUAUCGAUAAUUUAAGUUUAGAAUCAAUUACCAAAGAAUUUGAAUCGGGAAAAAAGGACAAUAUAAAUAAAAAUGGAAAUUUAACUAGCAGUAGUGUAUUAAUAUUACCACCCAAAUCUGAUGACGUUAUUAUUGUUAAUGAAACUGAAAAUGUUGACCUUGGUGAUAUUGAUUCCGCGGAUUUAUUUGAUGAAAUAAUGAAGAGAGGUAAUCAAACUCCAUCGGUUUUGAAGAAGCUUGAAAAUGAACAAAUUUUAAAAAAAAAAAAUAACCAUGAAAAAUCAUCUGUUAAACCAAAUAAUGAAGUAAUGGAAAAUAUUAAAUUGGAAAGUUUAUCGCAAACAAAUGAUGAUGAUAUAACUCAAUUAAAUAUACUUAAUGAGCAAGAUCAAACAUAUUUGGAGAACGAUAAGAAAGAAGUAGUAGAAAAAAUCAAUACAAAAAUGCCGAUAACAUUACAGGGAAUUGGACAUAAUUGUGACUGCAGACAUUGCAAUUCGUAUUUGCGAUAUUUGAUAGAAUUAAAUUUAACAGUAAGUGAAAUUAAGGAGCGCCUUAAAAGCAAUACAAAACAUGCUGAACGGCCUCUUAAACUCCAUUUAACUCCUGAAGGCUUUUGGGAUCCCGUAAUGCGUGAUUUUCCACCAGGAGAUCCACGAAAUGAAGUAAUUAUAGAUUAUAGAUUUGUUGAUAGCAAUAAGGAAGAUAAAACUAAAUUUAAUCCUUAAAAAUUGCUAAAAAUGAUUUUUCUCUCUUUUUUUUUUUUAACAAAUUUAUAAUAUAAUUUUAUUAUAUCUUCAAUAGUUUUAACAUCUAAGUUUACAUAAAAUUGUAAUAGAUAAUGUAAUAAAUAAUUCAAUCUAUAAA